UGUCAUGGCGGCGGCGGCGACGCGAGCGGGCCUUCACGUGACGAGAAGAGGGCCCCGGCGACUGACAGGCGCCGUCACGUGAGAGGCACGCUAUAGGUAUUAUGGCGACAUCAUCUGAAGAAGUGUUACUGAUAGUAAAGAAGGUGCGUCAAAAGAAACAGGAUGGGGCUCUUUACCUCAUGGCUGAAAGAAUAGCCUGGGCACCUGAGGGCAAAGACCGCUUCACAAUCAGCCAUAUGUAUGCAGACAUAAAAUGUCAGAAAAUCAGCCCUGAAGGAAAAGCCAAGAUUCAGCUUCAGCUGGUAUUGCAUGCAGGGGAGACCACCAACUUCCAUUUCUCUAACGAGAGUACAGCUGUGAAAGAGCGAGAUGCAGUAAAGGAUCUUCUUCAGCAGUUGUUACCCAAGUUCAAGAGGAAAGCUAAUAAAGAACUUGAGGAAAAGAACAGAAUGCUGCAAGAAGAUCCUGUUUUGUUUCAGCUUUAUAAAGACCUUGUUGUGAGUCAGGUGAUCAGCGCUGAAGAAUUCUGGGCCAACCGUUUAAGCAUUAAUGCUAUAGAUAAUUCUACUGCGUCGAAUAAGCAGGAUGUGGGCAUUUCUGCAGCUUUCCUGGCUGAUGUUCGACCUCAAACAGAUGGAUGCAAUGGCCUGAGGUAUAAUUUAACUUCAGAUAUCAUUGAGUCUAUAUUUCGGACUUAUCCUGCAGUAAAAGUGAAAUAUGCAGAAAAUGUUCCUCAUAAUAUGACGGAGAAAGAAUUCUGGACGCGAUUCUUCCAGUCUCACUAUUUUCAUAGAGACAGGUUGAAUGCAGGAUCAAAAGACCUUUUUGCAGAAUGUGCCAAAAUGGAUGAAAAGGGGUUGAAGACAAUGGUCUCUCAAGGGGUGAAAAAUCCUUUAUUAGAUUUAACAGCACUGGAAGAUAAAUCAUUGGACGAAGGUUAUGGUGUUUCCUUGGGACCUUCCACAUCCAACUCGGUCAAUAAAUCAGUAAAGGAGAGUAGCAAUGCUGCCAUCAUAAAACGCUUUAACCAUCACAGUGCCAUGGUCCUUGCUGCCGGACUCCGGAAACAAGAAGCACAAAAUGAUCACUAUAGCGAGACCGGUAGUAUGGAUGGAAACUCCAAGGAUUCAGAUUUCUUUCAGCCACCGAUAAAAAAGGUAAAGCUGCAAGAAUCAAUUGAAUAUGAGGAUUUAGAAAAUAAUAACAGCAUUAAAACUAUUGCACUAAACCUAAAGAAAUCAGAUAGGUAUUAUCAUGGUCCAACACCAAUUCAGUCACAGCAAUAUGCAACUAGUCAGGAUAUUAUUAAUUCUUUGCAUAGUAUUAGACAAGAAAUGGAAAUCUAUGUCCCCAAACUAACUCAGGUUAUUUCAAGCGGUGCUGCUAGUAGUGCUAUCUCAGCCCUGUCACCUGGAGGAGCACUUAUGCAGGGCGGGACACAGCAAGCCAUAAACCAGAUGGUGCCAAAUGAUAUUCAGUGUGAAUUAAAACACUUGUAUGUGGCAGUGGGGGAGCUGUUGAGACACUUCUGGUCCUGCUUUCCUGUUAAUACACCAUUCCUAGAAGAGAAGGUUGUGAAAAUGAGGAGUAAUUUGGAAAGAUUUCAAGUUACAAAGCUCUGCCCAUUCCAAGACAAAAUUCGGAGACAGUAUUUAAGCACAAACCUGAUAAAUCACAUAGAAGAGAUGCUGCAAACAGCCUACAAUAAAUUCCACACAUGGCAGUCCAGACGUAUGCUGAAGAAGACGUGAAGACCCAGUGGGGUCAGAGUAUGAGGGGAAGAAUUUGCAAUAGCUGUAGGACCACAACUACCCAGUGUGUAGAUCUUACAGACAUUACAGGGAAGUUAGCAUCAUCUGGACUGUUGAAAAUGAUGCUAACUGAACUUGCACACUUUUGGAAAAGGAUCAGAGGUCAAACUUGAAAACUGGGGAGAUAAAAGGAACCAAACCAGAAGAGCAGAGUGGCAAAU